ACUGGCAGUCACUUAUCACUGAGAUGAUAGUACUUACCCUUUGUCUCUACUAAAGUCUGUUGUUUUCUUUUUUUGGCAUGUAAAGAAUUUCGCACCACAAUUUGAUGUAUGCGUUCAGAACAAAUAGAUCUUUAUAGAUGUAACUCAAGAAGUGAUCCUUAGAUAUACGCUUCCCUAUGUUGAUAGUAGUCUAUUUUGGGCAUAGUGUUUAUACCGGAACCAACUGCAUUGGUGUGACAUUGCUAAAGAAAAAGACAUUUGAUAUGUGAAUAUUUAUAUUGCAGACUUAUUCUGCAAAAUGCUAACCAGCACGCUAUGAAUUUUGUAUUUCGAUACAGCUUACUGAAAAGAGACAGUUUGAACGAUUUGGGAUCAUGCUCACAAUCAGUAGUACUGUGAAGAUCCGAUCACAUUUUAAAAUUAUCAAUGAAAGGUGCUAAUACUGUUUUCUGAUGAGAAGGGAAAUAGGUCGGGUUACACAAACGCAUUGGAAGUGAUAUACUUGAAUUGCUGACUUGAACACUUGUUGGUUAAGGCUCCAUGCUACCAGAAAGUUAUCAAACUAGAAGCUAGUUCAUUUGGCUCAUGGUGCUGACAAGACACACCAAGCGUUUUACACAGGUACCCAUAGUGGGCAUGGUUCUUUUACUUGUAAAUUACUGCACGAGGGCCAGUUUGCACCAUUUGUGAGCCUAAAAGUAGUAAUUGAGUUUAUGCUGUUAACGGCUAUUAGACUUGUUUGUGAUCUGUGUGGGUUUAAACAUAUCCGACUUUAGGUAGUGUAUUUUGAUCCAAUCAUAUUCCCUUCACUACCAUGUUAGCAAUAAGAACUCACCAUUCGUCUCCGUAAAAUAAUAAAGGCAAACCAUUCCUCCUUACUAACAGGUAAGUUUACAAAAGGUUUUGAUAUAUAAUUAAAUUUCGUGAGAAAUUCGUUGACUGUGUAAAUCUUACGGUCUUCUUUGUCCACCUGAGACAAUUAGCAUUCACAUUGAACCAAUCACCUCCACUCAUUGUGCUAGAGGCCGGGAACAAAAGAUACUGGUAGUUGUACCCAGAGUACGUUACUACGAUUAUUGUUGAAUAUCAGCGGUAUCGUAAAAUGCAAACAUGGAUCCUUGUGUUUACGUGUAAUAAAAGGAACAUUUUUGAUGAAGCAGGGGAUUCUCAGUGUGGGGCUUGGUUCAUUUUGUUUGGUUGCACACCUGUGGGUGCAACAGACUUUUCGACUUAUCUUUGUAUAGCUUGGAGGCAACGAUUUCCUGCUUGUACUUUUUCUCUUGCGGUUUGUAGGAUAGGUGUUUGGAGGGGUUAGAAAGUUGCCAGUAAAGUCAAUUAUUUGCAGCUUUUUCCUUUACAGACACCUGAAAGUGUUAUUGUUAACCUAAGUUGUGAAAGACUAGAUCUGUGGUUGGUAGUAGGCAGUGACUGGCUGACUGACAAAAGGAACAUGGGACCUGUUGCGAAUGCAUCGGCUCAAGUUACCACAGUCGUAUGCGAAGAACAGGUGGAUAGGGGAAGGCUGAUGUCGAGGUGGAAAAUGUAUGAGAGAAUAAUCAAUUCGAAGAUAAAGGUUAGUGCAAGUAUUCAAGCCUAAAAAAAGUCAGGGAGUGAAUACAUCUGUGCCAUAGUGACCAAGUUCCAGCGGUGUCAGCAAGAGAUCUCAACCACUCAUUCCUGUCAUCUCGGGUACCCCGACGAGUUGGUCUGCAUCUCCCCACACAAUUCACACCAACGGUGAGGCUUCAUCGACUGGUGGAGUGGGCAGUAAAAGAAAAGGGGGAAGAGAGUCGGUUUGUAGUAAUACUGACAAUAAUAAAGUCAGUACCAGUAUAGUGGGAGAUGGUGCUUCGUGCAUACGCUGGAGUAAAGCUGGAAAGGAGUCAGUGAGCAAGUAUUAUUGGUAAGCGAUAUGUACUUGUGUGUUUGUCCGAAAUUGGUUUAAAGUAGUUAGCUGAGACGACUGUUGUUACUGAUUGCAGGGAGUUCCAUAACGUGCGUAUUUUGACAGAAAAGUUAGUCUGCACUAUCGUCCUAGCUCUCUACCUGGAUAUGGUGACUGAGUUCGCACAUGACUCGUUCUUCGACCGAUAGUGUUGUCCUGUUAGGGUAAUUUACUUGAUAAACAAUUUUAUAAGUUGUGGUUGUCACCUCGUCUUAGGAUAAUUCCAGAUGAACGGAUCAGGUUGUUUUAGAUGUAGCUUGCAAAUAUAACCUGCUUCUUCGACAGCUGACUUCAUUCCCUUCCUCUCGACCUAGACAGUAUUUGGCAUAAUGGUGGGGUGCCGCUGUGUUAAAUACUUCCAAAUGUGAUCUGAUGCUGGUUUUGAAAACCGUGAGUAACAACGACGGGUAAAGGUUCAAAGUUACUUUCUUAGAAGGUGCACGUUGGCGUUUUCUGUAACUAUCAUCAUAGUUGGUACUGGUGCAUUGUAUAUCAAAGUUCUAGGUUCUUCUCGUUGGGCACUUGGAUGAUUGCAUGGGCGCUAAGGGUAUGACCGAAUUUGACCACUUCAGGUGUUCGACGAUUUAUUAUCUUAGACUUCUGUAGGUUAAAACUGAAGCCGUUUUCAGCUGCUCAAGAUCGUAGCUGUAGUAUGUUGUGUUGGAGUAUCUUAGAGUCAUCUUCCGUAGUCUGACAUCAUUGGCAAAUAGAAGAGUGUAAGGAGACACUCAUGAGGAAGCCAUUCACGAUUAGCAAUAACAGAAAUGGCGUAAGGAUAGCUCCCCUAGGUACAGCUUUUCAUGAGCCCAUGAAUGCAUGUUGAAUUCUGUUUAACUUGAUGCAGAACUAUGCCCCCUAGGUGCUCUUCGGACCAAGCAGUGGUGUCCACUUUUGUAAGCUUAGCUGGGAUGGAGACGUGGGUUACUAUCAUCAGUGGCCUUAGCUAGGUUCAGGAAGAUGACAUGAGCUGCUUGUCUGUUGUCCCGGCUGGUAGUCUGAUUGUUCCAAGUAGUCAUUAGGUUUAUAGUAUAUGUCUUCUUGGUUCUAAAAGCGUGUUGGGUGAUUUUAUUUUUAUAUACGGUGUUCCAAACAGCAUCUGUCACCUGACCUCCCAGCAAGUUGGGAAAUACUGACAACAACACUUUCGGUCUGUAAUUGCUCGGGCCUAUUCAUUUACCCCCCGCCCUUGAAGACUAGCUGAAGGUUAACACACUUUAACCCCUUCGGCAAGCUGACUUCAAGAGAAUGCGUUAACAGAUUGGGAAUGAACACACUUAACACUUUUUUUGCAAUUUCAUAAUACGACCGGUCGUAUAUUAUAGCCGGAGAGUUCCCAUUUUCCUAUCGUAGAUAAUUUUGUAAACACUUGACUUCAGUCAGCAGUGCUCCGGAAUCACCCUGUGAGAUUUGGUAUUUUAUAGGUAACAAAACUGCCAUCAUCCUCAUCCUGAGCUACAAGCCUUUUCCAUCGUGUCAAAAUCAUCGAAGUGGAUAACAUGAAAGGAUGCUGUUGACGGAGAUUAUUUUGUCAAGCUCCUCUUCGAGUUGCAAGCUCAUUAGUCCAUCUAUCCAUAUGGCCUCAACUUUUUCAUGAAACCAUUGCAGUUGUCCAAUGAAGAUUUAUCAACUGAAUUCGUGCAAUCAAACACAUUGGGGUCUGAUUCAACUGAUUGUUUUGGUGUAAAUGUUUACGAAUUUCAAGAAGGAGAAGAUCUUUAUGGUACUCGUACACGUGGCUAUCAAAAACCCAAACAUAUGUGGAUGGCUAAAGAUCAGGCCCUGACAAAUAUUAAGUCGAAUAGUCUGACUCCAGCAGCAACGACAUUAGAUUUUGGAAGUGAUUUUUGUGCUAAUCAAGGUCUCAACUCUAUCCCACCAGGUCAUUUGAGAUGUCCGUCGCCAACUAAUCUGACCUAUAAUAUGGGAUCCCCGUCUACGUCUAGUAGUAUCCAGGGUCUUUCAGCAGCUAUGUCCUCAUGUACCAACACAAGCAGCAGUUUGUGUAGUCAUACAUCACCAGUUAUUGGUCCAAAUAUGACUGAGAUUACUAGCACAUGUGCAAGUCCUACUUUUAAUGAAGUUAAAAAUGAUAAAUGUUCAUCACUCAUUUAUGAACUGAACACUGCUACCAAAACAAAAAUGAAUACCAAAUCAACCACUAGAAAACGAACGACAGUAAGGGUUUCCCAAAAGAAAUCUGAACCAAUUGAUAGCACUCCAUCAUCUGCUCCUGAAAUCAGUCGAUCACAACCGUUAAAUGAUAAACAGUCUCAUCCUCACAGAAAUCGACAACCCCGUGUUCGUACCAAUCGAAAGUCUAAGCGAAGUUCUACAACUUUUGUCUCUGGUGGACUGAAAAUUCGACUUCGUCGAGAUGCUGCUCUGGAUUUCAAUGUAGGGAAAGGUAAGCGAACCAAGAGCAAGACAACCCCAGCAACUUUUCGUAUUGUGGAAUCUUGGUGUGAUGCAGAUGCUCCAGGAGGAGACUUUACGAGACGAGCUCGAGGAGCUAAUGGUAGCUCUACUUCUCCUACGUUCAGUUUGGUCUCAGGUGGUUUACGUGUGGGCGAUAUCGUUUGGGCUAAACUUGCUGGUUAUCCUUAUUGGCCAUCUCAGGUGAAUGCUAUUUGGGCUCGUACUGCUCAUCAGCUAUCUCAAGCCACUUUAUUUCCCACAUCGCAGUCGUUAGAUAGCAAUGCGUCAUCUUUGGCUGUUCUUGCAACUCCUCCAGAUCCAAGUUUAGCGGCGGGUUAUACUGCUCGUGUUGACUGGUUAGCUUGGGAUCAAUGUUCGUAUUUGAGCUGUGCAAAGUUGUAUCCUUUUAAGGAGUCCUUUGACAAACUUUAUAAUCCUCGAACCAGAGUGAAAGGCUAUGCAGAGGCUGUACGUCUUGCGAAACAAAUUGUAAAUGGAAUCUAUAUUCCCAAUGAAGGUAUGGAUUCUCAGCUGCCAAAUAUGUCUCCACAAAAUAAGUUACAUUUAUCAUUAUCUGGACAGAUUUCAGCCCCACCUAGUACUGAUAGCCAGUGGUCAUCUAUGACAACUCUUUCUUCUUCCCUAGAAUUACCAACCACAAGUACCAAUCAUCAAAAUUCCCAUGAACUUGAUAGACAUGCUUUACCUUUACCAUCUGAUUCAGUGCCAGAUACUUGUAUGUCUUCACAAUUAAAUUCAGCGCCUGCUUCAGUGUCGAAUGUUUAUUCUAGCGGUGGUGGUGGUGGUGGUGGGAUGUUUAGCACAACAGAUGCAUUUUCAACUCAUUCUAACAAUUCAUGCUUUGGACUAGCUGAUAAAAAUAUGGAACUUCCCGAAUUGGGCAAUAUUGCAAUGUGGGCUCCACUUCCCCAGUUAGAUGUUUCAGGUCUUGGUGUUUUUCAUGUGCCGACAUUUUCAGAGGAUGAAGAAGAAGAAUUCGAUCAAUCUAUUGUGAAUCAGUUACACUUGGAUUUUGGUUCAUGUUUGCAGUAA